AUGUCCAUCCCCAGCACACCCACAAGUAAUGACGCCUGUUUAAGCAUCGUGCAUAGCCUGAUGUGCCACAGACAGGGGGGCGAGAGUGAGACUUUUGCCAAGCGAGCAAUUGAAAGCCUGGUGAAGAAGUUGAAGGAGAAGAAGGACGAGCUUGAUUCUCUUAUCACCGCAAUAACCACCAAUGGCGCCCACCCCAGCAAGUGUGUCACCAUCCAGAGGACUCUUGACGGAAGGCUGCAGGUGGCUGGUCGCAAAGGUUUCCCUCAUGUGAUCUAUGCGCGGCUGUGGAGGUGGCCGGACUUGCACAAGAACGAGCUGAAACAUGUGAAAUACUGUCAGUUUGCCUUCGACCUCAAAUGUGACAAUGUGUGUGUGAAUCCAUACCACUACGAAAGGGUCGUGUCUCCAGGUAUAGACUUGUCGUCACUAACUAUUGGACAACACGUUGGUUCUGGUGCCAGCUCCACUCGGAUUGUGAAAGAUGAGUACGAUUUUGAUGGACCGCACAGUCACCCGUCUAUCGACACGGGCCACGGUCUACAGACCAUCCAGCAUCCGCCCUCGUCCUCCAGAGCACCCCCACCUGAGCCCUUCUCCAGCCCCAGCCUCCUUCCACCCUCUGAGGCAUCCACGUCUGGGGCGGCUCCUGCUUUUCCUACCAUCGUUGCUGCUUCUGGAGGUUCAGGCUCCACAUGGCCUCAAAGCUUCACUCCCAACAUCCCACAUCAUCCAAAUGGACAUCUGCAGCAUCACCCUCCAAUGCCUCAUCCAGGACACUACUGGCCAGUACAUAAUGAGCUCGCCUUUCAACCUCCCAUCUCCAAUCAUCCAGCCCCAGACUACUGGUGUUCCAUCGCCUACUUCGAGAUGGACGUCCAGGUUGGAGAGACGUUCAAAGUGCAGUCCUCUUGUCAUAUUGUGACAGUGGAUGGGUAUGUGGACCCUUCUGGGGGAGACCGCUUCUGUCUUGGUCAGCUCAGUAAUGUUCACCGCACUGAGGCCAUAGAGAGAGCAAGGCUCCACAUUGGAAAAGGCGUGCAGCUGGAGUGUAAGGGAGAAGGCGAUGUGUGGGUGCGAUGUCUCAGUGAUCACGCUGUGUUCGUCCAGAGUUAUUAUCUGGACCGAGAGGCGGGCAGAGCUCCAGGAGACGCGGUGCACAAGAUUUACCCCAGUGCCUACAUCAAGGUGUUCGACCUGCGGCAGUGCCACAGGCAGAUGCAGCAACAGGCGGCCACAGCUCAGGCAGCAGCAGCAGCCCAGGCCGCUGCAGUAGCUGGAAACAUACCUGGACCUGGAUCUGUAGGAGGCAUCGCUCCAGCCAUAAGUCUGUCUGCAGCAGCUGGCAUCGGGGUGGACGACCUGCGCAGACUGUGUAUUCUCAGGAUGAGUUUUGUGAAAGGCUGGGGCCCAGACUAUCCACGUCAGAGCAUCAAAGAGACGCCAUGUUGGAUCGAGAUCCACCUCCACCGAGCGCUGCAGCUGCUGGACGAGGUUCUGCACACCAUGCCCAUCGCCGACCCACAGCCUCUGGACUGA